CAUUUGUAAGAUUGCUUUUGUCGCGUUAACACCGAUAAGAAGUUAAUACAUAAUGAAGAAAUUUUUCGCAAUUUUUUUGUUGUUUUUGAGUUUUCAUGGGGGCGAAUUUCACUCCUACCAUUUGGGGUCAUGCCCAAAUAUAGAACCAAUGAGGGAGUUUAAUAUGGAUAGGAUGUUGGGGAUUUGGUAUGUAAUGGAAAAAACUAGCACAGCCAGCUCCUGUAUCACCUACAACUUCACAAAAACCGACGAGCCAGGUGAAUACAGGGUCGAACAGGUUAGCCAACAUUUCCUUCUAGGGUUGACACCCCUGAAACACGGUUACCACUACACGGGAAUAUUGAAGGUGCCAGAUAGCUCAAUUCCUGCCAAAAUGACGGUCAAGUUUCCAUUAAGCGUUGCUGGUACAGCAUCAUUCACCGUCUUUACUACAGAUUAUGACACUUUUGCUGGUAUUUAUUCUUGUCAAACUUUAACCACGAUUGGUAAUAGACAAUCUGCAACUAUUUUGUCUAGAACUAGGACACUGGACAAAAUGUAUUCUGAUAAAAUAAGAUCAAAAUUGACAUCUUUCCAUGUGGACCCAUUCGAUCUGUCAAUAAUCAAGCAGACUGAGUGCCCUAGAAACUUGACUGACAGCUACAAUAUCAACAUCGACGACGAAACAAUUUCGGCGAAAAACGCCGCUGGAAUCAUCCGUAAAGCUGGCGAAAAAAUCGGAGACGGGGUGGAGUAUAUCUCGGGAAAAACGCAGCAAGUUUAUCACAAAAUCGCAGAUAAAAGCGAGGGCGAAAAAGACAGAGUCGGCCGUAUCAUGACUGCCAACCCAAAUUCCGAAUGGUUGCCUUAGGUUGGCGCCGCUUUUGGGGUUUCACGUGCCAUUUAAAUGCUAUACAGUAUGAUAGAUUUAGGGUCUAUGUAAUGCCUUUACCAAAAAUGUGAUUUUUAGGUUUUAUUGACGAUUUUCAAUAGUUUUAGUGACUGAUUUAUUUUAUGUAAAUAAAUGUGUAAAUUUAGAUUGAUUUUUAUUAUUUUAUAAUUUCAAAAAAAAAUGUAGGUAUAGAAAAGCAACGUUGCCAAG